AUGAGACUAGUUUUAGGAAUAAUAAACCCUAUCCGCGACGGAACAAAAGUCCUGGAUUUACAGCAGAUCAACAAGCCCACUGCCGAAAGCCUCGGAUCCAGAGCCUCAACAGUGGUCGAGACCCUCGACCAACUAAAUGAUGUGCCAGGACUAGACGCAGAGAAGAUCACCGAGCAAUUCUUCGCCCACAUCCUGAGACGAUCACUCGAUGUGGAUACGCUCAAACAGUGGGAAGUUAAACUGGGAACUUCCAAGGACUUUCCUAGUCUACAAGAGUUUGUAGACUUCCUCGAGGCUUAUGGGAGAUCCCUCAACACCGGGGCUAGCCUCAAGGACCAUCAGGAGAGCGCUCCAGCAAAUAAGAAGCUCAUCACCAAAAUAAAGAUAAAAAGGAAUGAGUUCGUAGUCAACAAAGAAUUGUGCUUCAGGUGUCAGGGUCCUCAUCGUAAGCCGAAGUGCAAAUCAACGAAGACGUGUCAUGAGUGUAACAGAGACCAUCGCACACUCAUCCACAAUGGUAGCUCAUGGACAACGGCGCCACCGGUUGGAGCUGGAUUCAGAGCAACGGAGACAGCAGAUGACAGACCAAAGCCAGGCACAUCAACCACAUCAUCAGAGAUCAACAAUCAGAGGAUCAAUGAGAGGUCAACAGAAAUCUACACAGUACAUCAUCCAGAAGAAGACCAGCAAGCGGUAUUACUAGCCACCGCUAGACUCAGAGCACACUCAACUAGAGGCUUCAUGGUGAAAGCAAGAGCGCUAAUUGAUCAAGGAUCAGAGCUAUCCUUCAUCACUGAUCAAAUUGCACAUCAACUGCAACUCAAGACAAGGCCAUCAUUAACAGAAUUAAUAGGAAUUAGCGGAAUCAAUUCAGGCAUCACCCAGGGCAUAGUAAAUGUCAGUCUUCAAUCAAUUCAGGGGCAGAAGCAAAUCACCAUCAGCGCCCACGUCCUGACGAAGCUGACUACUACAUUGCCAUCAUUCUCACGUACACUAGCAGACAUCGGCUCACUAAAGAAUCUUCAACUAGCCAAUCCCCAAUAUCUCAGACCUGGACCGAUCGACCUCAUCAAAGGAGCGAAUUAUUCUGGGCGGAUCAUCGAGAAUCAGAUCAUCAAGUCUAGACGAACAGCAGUAGUUGGCCAAUGCACAGCAUUUGGUUGGAUAUUAUCAGGACCAUUCAAAUGCACAAGUUGUUCAACGAAGAUUUCUUUAUCUGCAGUACGGGAAUCCUCGAACGAACAACUACUAGAGCUUCUCCAGAAAUUUUGGGUUCAGGAAGAAUUGUCAAUUCAACAUCAACAUUCAGAGCUGUCAACAGAGGAACUCGAGUGCGAGAAGCACUUUCAAGAAACCCACCGCAGAGAUGAAUCCGGACGCUACAUAGUGAGACUUCCAUUGAGGACGUCAUCAGCAGCGCUCGGCAAUUCAAAAAACAAGGCCUCACGUCAGUUAAGAUCAGUCAUCAGCAGGCUGAACAAGGAUCAAGCAUAUUCCCAACUUUACAAGGAAUUCAUCAAGGAAUAUGAAGAAUUAGGACAUAUGAAAGGGGCGUUAGAAAUUCCAGAACCAUCAACAGCCUACUAUCUGCCGCAUCACGGAGUUUUAAGAGAGGACGCCAUCACAACAAAAUUUAGAGUUGUAUUCAACGGCUCCAGCGCCAGUUCAUCAGGAAUGUCACUCAACAACAUUCUAUAUCCUGGUGUCAAGCUGCAAAUCAACGUGAUGAACGUCUUAACCUGGAUGAGAAAACACAAACUCGUCUUUAGGACGGAGAUCAUCAAGAUGUUCAGACAAAGUGAAGUGCAUCAGGACGACUGGGACCUUCAGAGGAUCUUGUGGAUCGAUGACAAUCAACAGCAGCUCACCUUCCAGUUAACCACAGUAACCCACGGUCUCAAUUGUUCGCCCUGGUUAUCGCUCAGAGUACUUCAACAAUUAGUAGAAGAUGAGGGACACCGUUUCCCAGCAGCAGUCGAAGCGAUCACGAGAGGUCGUUACGUCGACGACAUAUACGGAGGGUCCGACUCAGAAGAAGGCUUCAAGGAAAUAGCAGUGCAGCUUCAAGGACUAUGCAAAGCAGGCGGUUUCGAUCUACAAAAGUGGAGCAGUAAUUGCCCAGAAGCUCUUCAUCAACUAGGCCUUACAACAGAGAGCAGCCUGAUUCAGUUCGAGGAAUCAGUGACAAAGGUACUUGGUUUGUGUUGGCACCAGUCAACCGACACAUUCAGGUACAAAUCGAGGAAAUUCACCGCAGCCAUCAUCACCAAAAGAACAGUGUCAUCGGAGAUAGCUCAGAUCUUCGAUCCAUUGGGAUUCAUCGCCUCAGUGGUAGUACAAGGGAAAGUUCUCCUACAGGAGCUAUGGAAGCUCAAGGUCAACUGGGAUGAUCCUCUUCCAGAUGAGUACAAAAAUCGUUGGAGGACAUUCCGAGGAGACCUCACCAACUUAGACAGAGUUACUGUACCCAGGUGGAUACAGUUAUCAUCAGACACUGCUAACAUCCAAAUCCAUGGAUUCGCAGAUGCAUCAACGGUAGCCAUGAGUGCAGUGGUCUACAUUAGAACGAGAACCAUCAACGAGAAUCCAUCAACAACCCUAGUGUGUGCGAAAACCAAGGUCGCACCAAUCAAAAGGAUGACCAUACCCAGGCUAGAGCUCACAGCAGCUCUACUUUUAACCCAGCUAGUGGAAUCAACAUAUGAGAUGCUUCAACUAGACCGGAAUCAGAUGGAAACUUAUCUCUCGUCAGACUCAUCAGUCACACUAGCCUGGAUCAGAAGCCCAGCCUCAAGAUGGAAGGAUUUCGUCCAUAACAGGGUCACCAAAAUACAGGAAACGCUGCCAAGGGCCAUAUGGAGACACGUCAGUGGUCAGGAAAACCCAGCUGACUGUGCUUCAAGAGGAAUCUCACCCAACGAGUUAGCAGAUCAUCCACUCUGGUGGUCAGCACUAAGCUGGAUCAAUCAGGAUCCAGAAGACUGGCCUCAAUCAACUAUAGACGUAUCCAAAAUGGAUACUCCAGAGGUGGCCAAGGAAGCAAAACCAGUACCAGCUCAUCCAGCAAGGAUGAAAAUCAGCAAAGUAGCAGAACUCCUCAACAGAUACAGCUCAAUGGCCAAACUGUUAGCAGUAACAGCGACUAUCAACAGAGCGAUAGACAGAUUCAGCCGUCGCCCAACACCCCCGGGACCUGUCCUGACAACUAGAGAACUAAACGAAGCAAGAGUAUUCUGGGUUAAGGUAACACAAGCACAAUAUUUUGAAUCAGCUAUGAGACUUUUGCAGAGAGACCAUCAGUUACCAAGAAGUCAUCAGCUAGCUAAGCUAACACCAACACUAGACGACCGAGUCAUCAUGAGACUAGGAAGUCGUCUGAAGAACUCUCAACUCAGUCCAGAGGAAAUACAUCCUAUAAUCCUACCCAGACAGUCCAGGUUCACCACAUUGGUCAUGGCCGAAGCUCCCCAGAGAACACAACAUAGAGGAGGCAGAGGUACAGUAAGAGCGUACAUCUUUCGCUGCGCCAUCUGCACCCGUCAUCGAGGAAGACAGGCUCAACAGCAGAUGGGUCAACUGCCGUCAACAAGAAUUUCACCAGCAAGGGCAUUUCUCCACACAGGAGUGGGUUAUGCAGGUCCAUUCCCCAUCCUGAAGUGGAGGCCAAUAAAUGCACAACCAGGAACAGUGCAUAUAGCAGUAUUUGUGUGCUUCACCACGUCAGCAGUUCAUCUAGAGUUCGUCAACAGGCAAACAACAGAGGCUUUCAUCGGCGCCUACAAAAGGUUCACAGGAAGACGUGGCAUCCCAGCCGUCAUGUAUAGUGACAAUGCCACCACCUUCACAGGAGCAGCAAAGGUCCUAGAACAGGUCUUUCACCAGGAGUCGAGAGAGAACCAGCAAUGCCAGGCUGUCCUCGCAACCCAUGGAACUCAGUGGAACUUCAUCCCACCAAGAGCACUACACUUUGGUGGUAAAUGGGAGGUAGCCGUCAAAUCAGUGAAACAUUACUUGAAGAGGAUACUCGGACCAUCGACGCUUACAUACGAAGAACUCAACAGCGUGAUCAUCCAAAUAGAAACGUGCCUCAACUCCAGAGCAAUCGGUCCCAUGUCAGAUGAUCCAGAAGAUCUACAAGUGCUCACUCCAGGACACUUCCUGGUAGGAGAGCCCCUUCACCGCGUAUCAGAACCAUCUCUUCUUCAAAAACCCAGCAGCAAGUUACAGAGAUGGAAUCUCGUCACCCAGAUCACCCAGCAAUUCUGGUCCAGAUGGUCUAAGGAGUGCCUACAAACAUACCAGGCAAUCUACAAAGGAAAGAAUCCACACGAGAAUAUCAAGGUCGGCGACCUGGUCGUGAUGAUGGAUGCUAGCCACCAGAUCCACCAGCAACGUGGCCAAUCGCCAGAGUCAUCGCAACGCGACCAGGAGCAGAUGGACUCACCAGGUUCGUCACAGUUAGAACAGCAAGAUCCCAAGUGGCACGACACGUAG